AUGUUUCAUGAAACGCAUACUUUAUUAAGAACUCCUGACUUUGUAGGUGAAACACAAUAUGGAACUGUUAAUACAGAUAAGUAUGGUUUGUUUAACGAAAAAUAUUUACUCCAAUUGCAGCAAAAACAAUUACAAAGAGAAGAUUAUGUCAGAAGGAAGCUUAGAGGUGAAUAUGUACCUUCAUACAAAGGAUACUCAAAGAAAGGUUCGAAAUCAUAUAAAAUAGUUAAUUCUGACAAUAGUAGUAGAAUUGAAGAUUUAAAACGACAAAUUGAAGAAGUUAAGCAAGAAAGAUUACGAGUAAUAGCUGAAGGGGAACGAAAAGUUAAAGAUUACAUGGCUCAGCUCAAAAAAGAACAAGAAGAAUACGCCAGAGAAACUGAAAAGCUUAGAAGCGAGGAUGAACGCUUAAAUACACAAUUUCUAGAAGAAGUUUCUGAUUUAGAUAGAAGAUUAUCUCAAAAUGUCCACUCAAUCAAUGAAAUUAAAGAACAUAUUGAAAAACACUUAAGCAAAACGCAUAAAAGAAAUGUAGUUGUUUCAUCUAUCAAGGUAAAUUCGACCAAGAACCAACCACAUUAA